CUACUAGCAAAUUCUAAUUGUCACAUGUGGCUGACAUUUUACUUCUAUUGCACAUUGGUGCAAUAGAGGAUUGCCUAAUUUCAAAGCUCAGUUUGCUUCAAAAGCCAAGAGGCCAGAAAGAUUGUAAAAUCUAAAAAUUAAAAAUAAUUGUAAUUGGUUGGGCAUGGUGGCUCAUGCCUGUUAUGCUAGCACUUUGGGAGGCCGAGGCAGGCAGAUCACUUGACCUCGGUUCGAAACCAGCCUGGUCAACAUGGUGCAACCAUGUCUCUACUAAAAAUACAAAAAUUAGCUGGGCAACAUGGUGGGUGCCUGUAUCCCAGCUACCUGGGAGGCUGAGGCAGAAGAAUCACUUGAACCUGGCAGGCGGAGGUUGCAGUGAGCCAAUAUCUCAUCACUGUACUCGAGCCUAGGUGACAGAGUGAGACUCUGUCUCAAAAAAAUGUAAAUAAAAAUAAAAAUAAUUGUUAUUAUUUUGUUUCUAUUUUGAAUAAUACACACACACACCCCUCCCCCCUCACACACACACAAAUAAGGCAGAGAAAGAAAGAGAGAAUCUUGUUCUGUCACCCAGGCUGCAGUACAGUGGCCUGAUCUCAGCUCACUGCAGCCUCUACCUCCCAGGCUUAAGUGACCCUCCCACCUCUGCCUCCCAAGUAGCUGGGACCACAGACACGUGUGACCAUGCCUGGCGAAUUUUUUCAUUUUUUUGUAGAAAAGUUUUGAUGUGGGGCCCUCACAUUCUGUUGCCCAGGCGGGUCCCAAACGCCUGGAUUCAAGAGCUCCUGUCCCCUCAGCCUAUCAAAGUGCUGGUAUUAAAGGUGAGAUCCACUAUGCCUGGCCACAUAUAUACAAUUUAUAAAUAAAAAUAACCUUAUAUAUAAGGUUAAAUGCAAAUAUCCCACAGUGAAGGCCGGGCUUCAGCAUAAGGAGGAAGUCCUGCCUGAAAAAGGCUGCGGCUUGGAACAUUUUACCCUGUUGUCAUCUGGCUACGAGUUGGCUCACAUCUUCUCUCAUUCAGAACCUGAAGGGGUGGGGCCUGGGGCCGUAUUAUCCAAUCACUAGUGCUGGGGUAAAAACUGUCUUAAAACUAUUAUUUUAAUGCUUAGCAAUACUAAUUUUUAGUGAGAAACUUAAGAUUACUUAAUUUAACAUAACCAGACUUUAAGAUUUUAAAUUACUAAAAAAAAAAAAAGAAACUUAAAAUGAUGACAGAGUUACUUCCUCUAAUGUUUUUUGGCGAGGGUUUCAAAUAACUAUGUCAUAUAUUGAAACCUACAGUUCUAUAAGCCCUACCCUUAAAUCAAAACAACCCUGAUGCUAUUGUGAACAGGUACUUAGCAUAAAUCCUACCCUUGGGCAAAUUUAUAUAGUGAUUUCAAUUGUCCUUCACAUUCCCUUUCCUGUGAUAAGUGUCUGGGUUUAGGGGGUCACAGUGUGAGGUUCCACCAUCUUCAGCUAUCUGAGACAUAGCUUCUAUUAAUAAAUGUUCCUCUUAAAUGUUUCUUUCUGAGAAACUUGAUUUGUCAGCCUAAUUCUUCAAACUCUCAGCUCCUUUGGCCUUUAAAGGUAGGUUUAUAUAUAUACUCACAAGAAAACACCCUCAUAUAUAUAGUCUGUCAAUUUCUCAAACAUUGUUAUGUGGUUCAUGACUGUAAUGUGUACCACAUGUAGUUUUGUACAUGAAUAGUAUAUUUUUUAUAGCUACUUUCUAUUACACAUCACUAAAAUACAUGUUCAGUAAGUGCUCACUUAACAUCAUUGAUAGGUCCCUGGAAACUGACUUUAAGUGAAACAAAAUACUAUAUGCCAUGGAAAAUUAACUCUUGUUUAUAUCAAUUAGCCAAUGGUAAAAUUGGUUUUAUUAUAUAGUACAUUGUUUUACUUAAAGUCACAGUUUCUGAGAAUCUAUCAAAAAAGGGAGAACAUACUGUCACUAGUGUUACAGUAUAUGGUACAUUAUAGCAUUACACUAUUAUAGUAUGUUAUUGUAGUCUUAGCAAUUGGUAGUAUAAUGUGUUUCAGUUUCUCCCAAGGUCACAGAAUUAUCCAGACCAACCAAUAACAACCUCCUGUGGGAACCAGGUGCAUCUCACCCUCUUGAUACUGCAAAGCCUUCCCCAACACCCCCUGUUUGUUCUCUCUGCUCCCAAGUGCAAUCCCUGUGUGGGUCUGUAUACCUUACAUAAUUUCCUUCUUCCAUGAUUAUAUGUAACGAAUAACUGCUGUCAAUCUCAUUUGUCCAAUGAUUGGUGCCAUGGUUUUAACUGUUCCAGUAGUACAAGGGUGGUAAUUUAUCCCUCACCAAUGGGGUAAAGGGGAGGCUAAUCAAACAAUUCACAAUACAAACUGGAUUAACCAACUAUGACAGAGGACAUCGGCUCAACUUUAACUGCUUUUGGCCUACUGAUUUCAUGAUACAUUAAAAGUCACCUCAGUCAGAGCCACCAGUUUCUGGUGGGCUUUUGCUUUGGUCUAAAUAGCCAUUUGUGGCCUUUAUCAUGAGUUGCCUUCCCUGACCACAUUAAAGCACACUCAUCACCUAGACAUAUAUGGUCAGUUGACUCUGCUCCAGCCUGAUGUGUCAUCAUAUUUAGCCUUUGUUUGGCAUGCCACUUGCCUUUCAAGGCAGUGAAAACACAGAACCUUAAUCAGUGAGUACUUCAGUCCUGAUUACCAAGAGUCAGGCUAUAUCCCUGUGGUCACUUCAUCUGGUCUGCUUACCAUUACUAAAUGCCCGGGUAGUCAUAUGAACAUUGCUUAUUAUUGCACACUCUCAGGAAAGGCCCAGGGACGGUUUUUUGUAAAAUUGCAAAAAACAAAAAGGACUUUUACUUUGGAGAGAAUUAUGCACGUCACUCAGUUGCUUUAACAAGUGCUACUGUCAUGGGAGCAAGAACAGUGACCUUGUCUUUCCUGAGCUGCCGCUUCCUUUGCUCCUGUCACAUGCACUCUCACGAUGAGGGGCUCAUUCCUUGUGCCUUAUGGUUCAGGCACUGAUGAGAAAUAAAAAAAAGAAAGAUAACUUAAUAUUAGUCCCUCCCAAAACUUACUGGGUAAUUCUCUCAUCGUAAAUCCCCUACUCAUCGUGUAGGCUUUUAGCACUGCUGCUUACCAGUAUGCUAAAGGUGCAGACUUAGGAUCAGAAGUUUGAUGAACUCAAACAAAAAAGACCACACUGCAUAUGGGUGCUAAUCCCAGUGAAAUGGAGUGGCAGUAAACACCUUCAACCAAAGAGAAAACAGAUCACAAAUAAACAAAUAAUGACACAACUCAAGAAACUAGAGGAGGGAGAACUUAUCCCAACGUUCCCAGAUAAUAAAAUUAGUAAAAAAAUUCGGAGCAGAAAUGAAUACACUGAAGAUUAGAAAAACAAUAGAAAAUGUAGAAAAAAUGUAAGAGCUUGUUUUAUGAAAACAUCAAGUUGACAUAUCUUUAGCUAGACUAAGAAAUAAAUGCUUAAAUAAAUAAAAUCAGAAUUAAAGGGAAGACAUUACAACUGGUAAAACAGAAAUAAAAAAAGGUCAUAAGACUGCUAUGUACACAGACUCCUAUGUACAAUGAUAUCCCACCAAAUGGGAUAAGGGAGAAGACAUGAAUACAUUUCUAGACAUGUACCACCUACCAAGACUGAAGCACAAAGAAAUAGAAAAUAUGAAUAGAUCAGUAAUGGGUAAGGAGUUUAGAUCUGAUGACUUUGUUGCUGAAUUUUACUAAACAUUUAAAAAGAACCAAAUCUUUGAAAAAAUUGAAGGAGGAGGAAUACUUCCAAACUCAUUUUAUGAAGCCAGCGUUACACUGAUACAAAAACCAGAGAUGGACAUUACAAGAAAAACAAUUACAGGCCAAUAUCCCUGAUGAACAUAGAUGAAAAAUCAUCCACAAAGUAGUUGCAAAUGAAAUUCAAAAGCACUUUAAAAGGAUCAUUUAUUAUGAUCAAGUUGGAUUUAUUCCUGGGAUGCAAUAAUAUUUUAAUAUGUGGAAAUCAAUAAAUGCCAUAGUCCUUAUUUACACAACAAAAAGAUUAAAAAUCAUGACUUUUUUAUGCAUGCCUAAAAUUAUUUUGACAAAAUUUAAAAUCCAUUCCAAAUAAAAUCUAUAACAAAUUAGGUAUAGAAAGAAUAUACCUCAAAAUAAAGAGGUAUGUUCUUUAUAAGCUAUAGGACAAUCCCAUGGUUAACAUUAUUGUCAAUGGUGAAAUUUUGGAAUUAUUUUUAAGAUUUAUUAUAAGAAAAAGAUGCCCACUCUCACUACUUCUUUCAACACCGUAUUGGAAAUCCUGCUCAGAAUCUAAGACAAGAGAAAAAACAGCAUUUAAAUAAGAAACAACAAGUUCUUUUAUUCAUGGAGAUUAACGCUCAGGUUUUUGCAGAUUAGAUUUAACAGCAUGAAAACUGGUACCAUCCAGGAAUCAAAGGAUACAGGACUUUAGGGCAUCAAUUAUUAAGAGGCUAUAGGAAAGCAGAAAUGCUCCUGGAUGUUUCCAUUGUCUAGACACAAAAUUUCAACAGACCAGCCCCAGGAAGUAAAGGCACAUUCCUGACUACUGUUAGUUGAUGAGCUUUUCACCAAAAGCAGAGAUGUGAGACCUGGCAGGUUUCAAAGACCCCUCAAGUGCUCCAUACCUUGAAAUUCACUUCCACAAAGCUAGAACACCAUCUGUUCCUAAGGGAUCAGGUUAUCGUCUAUUUCUUUUAGGCACUGGCCAGUCAGGCUUUAGUGGACACGAAGCCAGUGAUUUUUAGUGUAAAAUGCCUAAUCUAUCAUAAUCUUUAGGUAGAUAUUUGGAGGCCUGCACACUUAAAUGGGUUGGUGAAAUGCCAUACCAGACACAUGGCUGGGAAUUGGGUUUUUCUCCUCCGCUCUUAGCAGCACCUUUGUAACCCAGUGAUUACCCCCCUCAUGGCUCCACGGCCACAUCCGCAAAAAGGGUACUGGUGAACGUGACAUAUUCACGAAGCCACAGCCCAUGGUCACUCCCUGCAAAGCUCUGAACUUGCGCAUUCCCAGGCCAGGCCGUGGUUGUCUUUCAAAGGCGGCUCAGCUUGUGCUUUGCUUGGAGAGAGCAGAGGGCAGCAGCACAGUGACAGCGUCUGGGACCUCAGACCAAUUUCCACAGCCACUUACGAAAGCAGACGGCUCCAUGGGCUGGAGGAGGUGGGACGCUCUGGAAAGAACUCGGGUGCGGGUGGGAAAGAAAAUCGAGCUGAGCAGCGGGAAGUCGAAGUCGCGUGAGUGAGGACCAGACACUCCCGAUUUAGGCAAAGGCGGGGUGCACUUCCCAACAACACAUCCUCCUCACUGGCGAGACCAGGCCUGCCCUUCAAGUUCCUCUCCUGAUUUAAUCCCCUUGGCGAGGGUUUGGCAUGAAAUCAAUGGCCAGCAAGCUUGGUAAACGAAGCCGCCUACACCGCCCUCCCCCUCCCUGCACGGCCGCGCCCCGCCUCCGCUGCUGUCUCAAUCUGGGAUUGUCCUCCUGUAGCCCCACCAUCCACCGUGGGGAACGGUGGAGAGACUACAACUCCCCGUAUGCACCGCGAUGCGCGCCUCACCCUGCAUCUCCCAGCCCGCAGCCAGCUGGCAUCCUAGACCCUCUGCCCUACGACCAACAGCCGGGAGCGGACCAGACACCAGAACUCCCGGAACGGUUGAAGACCGUUCCGCUCCCUGUCCCGCCUUUCGCAGCCCAGCAGUUUCGCCCUGCGGAGAGGAGCCUUGCUGUUUCCAAAUCUCUCCUGCUGAGGAGACAUUGGAGCUAGGGCGGCUAGUUUCACCUGGUAAUUGUGACACCCUGUCUCCUCGAGCUGCAGGCUUUUACGCUUGUCAUGUUCGAAGUUUGAUACCUUGCAGAUCAACAAAGGGCCGGUGGCCUCUCACUGCCUCCGCGGCAGGGUUGUCAAGGUAACGCUCCUCAGACAAGCGUUGGGCGCGACCCGCCCCUUUUCUCACCCCGCCUCCUCCUCAGCCCCACCCUCCUUCGCUCCUCCUCU